AAACUGACACUAGACCCCAACUCGGUACGAGGCCCAGUAGUUCUAGUUAUACUUGGUCUUCUACACCGCCCUGUCCGAAACAAAAUUCUCCGUCUCUUCCCGGAACCCCCAACAACCUCCACAAUUCCCAAUCGUAUCCCCCAACCCAACCAACGAUGGCUCGGCCAGCUCUGAUCUUGGGUGUGGUGGCUCUGUUGCUGGUCUCGUGCGCGCUGGGCAGCUCAGUCGACAUGCCCUUCAUCUUGGCUAACAAGAAGGCCUCGCUCACAAGGCUCAAGUCCGGUGCCGAACGCGUCUCCGUCUCCAUCGACAUCUACAACCAAGGAUCCUCCACCGCAUAUGAUGUAAGUCUUACAGACGAUAGCUGGUCUCAAGAUGUGUUUGAUAUUGUCAGUGGUAACACUUCAAUUUCAUGGGAAAGGCUUGAUGCUGGUGGUCUUCUAACCCACUCUUUUGAGUUGGAUGCCAAAGCAAAAGGAUUGUUCUAUGGUGCCCCAGCUGUCAUUACAUUCCGCAUUCCCACAAAGGCGGCUCUUCAGGAGGCAUUCUCGACUCCAAUCUUGCCUUUAGAUGUCCUUGCAGAUAGACCUCCUGAGAAGAAGUUUUUGUGGGCUAAGAGGUUGCUGGCAAAAUAUGGUUCUCUAAUUUCUGUGAUAUCCAUUAUCGUCCUGUUUGUGUACCUGGUCAGUACUCCAUCGAAAUCCGGUGGUGCCAAAGGAAGCAAGAAGAAGCGCUAAAUGAGAGGUUACAUUUUAAUGAAUAGCUCUUGAGACUCGGGCAUGCCCCCUCUGUUGCCAUUUUGUCUUUUUUGCCUUUCUUUUCCUUUUCCUUCUUUUUGCCGCUGAGUUAGGACGUUUGUUGGGAACUUCUUAAUGAACUAGAAUGUGCAACAUAUAGCUAAUGCAGAAGACGAAGUAUUUAACUUUUUUCACAA